AUGCCAAAGUCGAGUCGGAGGGGAAGAGAGAGCCCAGAAGUUCGACUUUCUCCUUCGCGGCCAACGAAUCAUCCUCCGUGUGCAGUAGUGGAAAAGAAGGCUUACAGAAAUUCCUUAAGAGAGCUUUGGCGAAAGACCAAAACGCACGUGGAUGGCUGGUAUCAAAGUUUGGUAUCUCUUGCAUUUGCGGGCUCUAUUGGUAUGACAUUUGUUAUACUGGCAUGUGCUCUACCUCAAUUUAAGUUAUGGUGGCCAUUUUUUGUUGUACUAUUCUAUAUUUUGUGCCCCAUUCCGACAAUGAUUGCACGGCGUCACACAGAUAGCACGGGGGGCACAAACUCAUCUUGUAUGGAGACUGCAAUCUUUAUUACAAUGGGUAUCAUAGUUAGCUCCUUUGCUCUGCCAAUUGUGCUGGCUCGUGCUACUGUGAUUAUGUGGGGUGCAUGUUAUCUAACCCUGGCUGGCAAUGUAAUUGUUUAUCUGACCAUAAUUGGUUUCUUUACUAUUUUCGACAUGGAUGACUCAGAUUAUGCAAUGUGG